AUCAUAUCAUUAGCUAGCUAGCUAGCUAGUGCAUGUUCUUGGAGUUUGCAAGGAUCGGGGAUCAUAUACAGAUUGAUAGAUACGUGCGUGCAGAAUUAGCUUCAUUAGCAGAACAAAUUAUUAAAACGGCUGCUGCAGGGAGGCUAUGUAUAUAUAUAUAUAAUUAGCUAAGUAAUUAGUGCAUCAAGAAUCAAAGAUGGCCCCAGUGGGAUUGCCGCCAGGCUUCAGGUUCCAUCCCACUGAUGAGGAGCUGGUGAAUUACUAUCUCAAGAGGAAAAUCCACGGCCAAGAAAUCGAACUCGACAUCAUUCCCGAAGUUGAUCUUUACAAGUGUGAGCCAUGGGAGCUAGCAGAGAAAUCCUUCUUGCCCAGCAGGGAUCCCGAGUGGUACUUCUUCGGGCCAAGGGACAGGAAGUACCCGAACGGUUUCCGGACAAACCGGGCGACCAGGGCCGGGUACUGGAAGUCAACGGGGAAGGACAGGAGGGUGAACAGCCAGAACAGGGCCAUCGGGAUGAAGAAGACCCUCGUCUACUACCGGGGGAGGGCCCCCCAGGGGAUACGCACCGACUGGGUCAUGCACGAGUACCGCCUCGACGACAAGGAUUGGGAGGACACUUCCGGCAUCCAGGUAGAUUCCUACGCAUUGUGCCGUGUUUUCAAGAAAAAUGGGCUGUGCUCUGAGGUGGAGGAUCAGGGGCAAUCCAGCACCAUGUCCUUCCUAGACUACACACAGGGACAGGGUGGUGCUCCCACCGAGCAUGAAACAAUGUCACCAGACUUCCUCUUGGCUUCUACUUCCACUGUGUAUAUGGAGGAAGAAGAUAAAGAAGACAAGGAUGAAUCAUGGAUGCAGUUCAUAACAGAUGAUGUCUGGUGUUCCUCGGAGGCACCCCAAAUGACAUUCACAAACUAAAAAGGAAAUAAGUAACUGCAUGCUUUUCUGAAGUCUGAUUAAUUAACAGCAUCAAGUAUACACACAUAUGUAUACAUAUACAUGGGAUCUUUCAUUUUACAAUUCUUAAUUAUAGUAAAGCCAGAAAAUCAUUGGAGCUUACAUGCAUGCUUCAGUUUGAUCAUCUCUAAUUGUACUUAGAAUUCAUUUCCCCUCAUUGUUUUGGCUGGUGUAGCCAGGCUAUGUUAUGUUAUGGCUCUAGGCAGGUUUAAUUUGGUUUGCAGCCUCGGUAGCUUUUCCGGGGCUUCUCCUUCUUUAUUGGGUGUUUGACAAGUCAUGGAAUAAUAGAGCUUAUUCCCUCUA